AUGCAAACGGGAAUAAUCACUUCUCAAUUUCAGAAUAUGUCAUUGAGCUCGUCUGAGUCGAAGCGCAAGAUCAACGCUGCAGCCGAGGCGAGAUUCGGCGGCAACGUAGAUGUUAUCUGUUCUCGUGGCCACUUCUCAUACGUCUUCUCAUCAAACCUCUACUGUGAAGCAACAAAAGAUCUCGUCACAUGCAUUGCAUUCCGACAGGCUGCAUCCGUUUAA